AUGGCCAAGUCUAACACUUUGAGGAGAGAAAACCAGCCUUAUUUAAUUAAAAUACAUCCUUCCGUUAUUUGGAUUAAGACAGCUGUCUUAGUCAGCAUUCUACUAAUAAACAUACACAGAGCGAACAUGACAUUGGACGAAAUAGAGACCACUCUGCAGUUUGAAAUAGCAGCAGAUUCUUCACCGGUGAAGAUAAACCCAGAGGGGCCUCUAAACUUUCUGCGGGGAUACAUCUACCAGAAGAUGGAGUGCAUGUACAACAAAAGAUUCUUUGCUCCGCAGAUUAAUACAGAGUACAAUUUAGAGCACUGUAGACAUAAGGGAGAUCUAGAAUAUACAUACACUCGAAAUAGAAGGAUGGACAUGGCGUACAAAGCACUAUCCGAUAGUGAAAUGGAUGUGUACAAUGAGCAGUACCACAAUUACCUUAUUGAGCUGUUUCCAUCGCCAACGGGUGACAUAUCAAUAGAGACGCGAGUAAGCCGGUCCUUCAUUCGGGCUCUUCGGGCUGAGAAAACAGAGAAGCAUGCGCUGCAAAUUCUGGCCAUGCUGCUUCUUUUCUCAGAGGGGGUAGAUAUUCCCAUUGAAUUCACUCAGUCUGCACUAAAGGUAUAUGAGGCGGACAAAGAAAAGGGAAUAUACUUUGAAGUGCCCACUGUGAUCGAGCGGCUAUGUGCUAAAACUGGUGAAGUCGAAAAACUCAAACAGGAGAAGUUUAUUACAAUAAUCAGCUUCUUCCAGAAGAAUGCAAGCAAACAUGAAGUGCUUAGUAUAAUGGAGGACAAGUGUACGAAAGAGGAGAUUAUGUCUGGAAAGUUCUUAGACAGUCCAAAGUUCCUGAUACAGUCAUACAUAUUCGGGUUCAUAGAGACAGCACAGCAUGCAAUUGAGUUUAUACAGGCAGUGCACACUAUGACAGAGAAGUAUGCACCAAAGACAGAAGCACCAAGUAAAGGUGACUCUGUAUACGACAGGCUUUUUAAACCUGCCAGUACAGAAACAGGCACAGACUGCAUGUCAUUAAUGAAGAAAGCUCAAGAGAUUUUAAAUACAAAACCGGUCUUCCCAUUUGCAGACAGCACGCAGCUUCCUAGAUACACAUCUGUUCCUAGGUACAGCCGAAAAACAAACACCUUUUCUACUAACCAUUCGAAAGACUACAGCAACUGUGUGGAGUGUAUGAUUCUUUCUCUUUUCUGCUGCUUGGCAUAUGACCCAGCAGA